CAUUCGAAGGAGCAGGAAGUAUAACUAGGUAUAGACAUACAUAAACUGCCGGAUCAUCACAGUGGGCUGGUGAACGUACUUUAAAGCUAGUGAAUCAUGCCGAUGGAUCACAGGGAUAAGGCUAAAAUACGAGCUCAUAUGGAGUACAUCAUUGGAAACUUUGACGUUACAGAUUUUAUAACUGAUUUAGUCGGAAGGGGAUUGACUCUAGAGACUAAACGUGAGAUUGACAAAGUCGAGAAAAUUCGUGAUAAAAAUAGAAAAUGUCUCGAAUGUCUAAUGAAAUCUGAAAAUGGAUCAUAUGACGUGCUCAUUGAGCUCAUGAGGAAAAGAAAUUAUACAGAAAUUAUCAAUAAACUAGAAAGUGGCCUUCCACCCGAGGAAACAGCAGUGACAGAAGAAGCAAGCACAUCAUGUAUAAACGUGCCGAAAAACAAACGAGGCCUUCGCCUGACUGAAAAAGAGCUUAUGUACUUUUCUAAAACAGUCUCUCCAAAGGACAAGUUAAAGUUGGCCACGUGUUUAGGAGUUUCUAAACAUGACGUUGAUGUUAUAGAUAUGGAAAACCAUGAUGUUCGUGCACAAAUGAUGAAACUUCUGUUUAUAUGGAGGAAUAAAUCGAGAGACGGUUGUACCCUGGGUGUGCUUAUGGACCAUUUUAACGAUGCCAUCGAGAACGGUGUCAGCAUUGACACAGACAAAAUGGAGCAGAUCAUUGAAGGCCUACGAUGAUGACGAUGACGAUGAAGAUUGUGAUGUUCAACAACAAUUGUGAACAACAACAACAACAACACCAACUUGAUUCUAUACCAGACUCCCGGUUCCUGUGACAUAUCGUGAUAUAUUUGUAUCCAUUGUAAAGGAGGAGAGCGCAGAAGUAAAACCAGGGAAUGCUAUGAUUGUUCCCUUUGAUAAUACAAUACUUUGUUAGUGUAAUAACCAAUCAACUGUAUUGGUAACAAACUCGUUUGAGUGACAGGUCCUUCGAUACGCAUUUAUACGUUACUUUUAAGUAAACACCAUUUAAAACUCAAAGACUUUAACACAAGGAGUACACGUCUUUCUAGGUUGAACAUAAAGCCUAUACGAAUAUGUAACUAUGACAACAGUAACUAGUGAUUUUGAUAACUACCACUCCGAUCAUGUUGUUUACUUAGUAGUUAACUCCUUUUGAUAUUCUUUACAUGGGUUUGACUGUAUUAAAAUACAUCAUAGCGAUUUUGAUGAUAUCAUUUAUAAGUUUAACAUCAUAUUAGCUCAUAGAUGACCACGGAGUUUCAAAUGUAUAUAAGUGCUCUUACUCCUUUUCCAUUCAUAUAACAUACAGUCAAGGUAUUGGGUUUUCAAUUAGCUUGACAUUAAUAUCCAAAUUGACGGGAACUCCUUUUUUCGUGAUUUUGUUGAUGAUUUGUUGUAACGUAGAACUACAAAUGGUAAACAUUCAAGUCAAUUUAUCUGUUGGAUAUUUGGCAUAUUUUCCAUUAAGAUAUUUUUGUUUUUAAUAUAAAACGUGUUUUCAAUUUAAAAAAAAUACAUUUCCACCUACGCAUGAUUACUGUCCGCUAAAACAGCAAGAUCCCUGCUACUGUGCAAAUAUAUAAGGUCAAAGAACUCACAAGCAAUAAUAGCAUUUAUUGUUGAUCAACGUUUGAUCAGGAAUCGAUUCGGAGUUGUCACUGAUGUAGCCAUUGUACCUUUCUUUUGCAAUGUUUCAACAUAAUUGAAUAAACAUAUUCUUGAGAAAAUC